AUGUUGGUACCCCGGUGGAGCACGACAUGCUGGACCUCUUGGGCUAUUUGUAUGCUGGCGUGGAUCCUGGAAACCGGCGGUGAGACUACGAUACAACAACAGCAACAGCCAAUAUGCCUCGCGAGGGAUUGGAGAGAAGCCGAAGCCAGCAUUUUGCAGUGGCCAACCUGCAUCGAGACGCAAUGGGAUCGUAGGAGGAACGGCGAACUACUCGCACCAACGCCGACGCCACAAGAUCAAGAUCCUGCGAAAGUCAUACCGGAAUCAAGUUCGGCUACAGUAUCGGUAGAGACAGGCUCAGCGGUAUCACCACCAGGACGAGAAAAAGAGCAGGAACUCGAUACAGACUCGCCACUCGAUAACGUCAACUUUCUCUCCUUCGAAGAUUGGAAAAAACAAAAUCUGGCCAAGGCAGGGCAAUCGGCGGAGAAUAUCGGUGGGAACCGGCGGGCUGGCACCGUCGAGAAGGACCGACGAAGGCCGACGGGUAUAAAUAAUGCACUGGACUCUUUUGGAGAUGAUGCAGAGAUUGAGCUUGAUUUUGUCGGGUUCGGGACCGAUGCGUCGGAGGCUGCGAAGACUGCUUCAGCCUGGGAGACGCAGGUUCACUCGGGCGCAAGCGAUGGCGCGCCAAUACCCUCAGAUAUGCCCCGUACUGUGGGUGCUGAUGUGUCAGAGCAGGGUGUCCCUCAAGCGGCUGGUGAGCGCUCGAAGGACGCUGGCACCACCUGCAAGGAGCGGUUUAACUACGCCUCCUUUGACUGUGCUGCGACAGUACUGAAGACGAAUCCCCAGGCGCAGGGGUCGUCAUCUGUCCUGAUCGAGAACAAAGAUAGCUAUAUGCUGAAUGAGUGCCGUGCUAAUAAUAAAUUUCUGAUUCUGGAGAUGUGCGAUGACAUCUUGGUUGACACUGUCGUUCUCGCCAACUACGAAUUCUUCAGCUCGAUUUUCCAUACGUUUCGGGUCAGUGUCGCGGACCGGUACCCUGCGAAGCCAGACCAGUGGAAAGAACUGGGGAUUUACGAAGCGAGGAAUACUCGUGAGAUCCAAGCCUUCGCUGUUGAGAACCCACUCAUUUGGGCGCGCUAUCUACGAAUCGAGUUCCUAACGCAUUACGGAAACGAGUUUUACUGCCCGCUGAGUCUGAUCCGCGUUCACGGGACUACAAUGUUGGAAGAGUAUAAACAUGAUGGAGAAGCUAGAGCUGAGGAAGAUGCGCCUGAAGAGCUCCUGGAGCUAGCUCAAAAGCCAGAGAAUGCCUUGGAGAAGACUGACACGCCGCUACCAGAUUCACCUGAUGCCCUCGUGGACGCUGUUGAAAAGCACACUCCCCAAACAUGUCCCAAUUCUGCGACACCAGUUGAACUGAUGUUAGUGGGUUUGACUGAUUUACACAAGUCUGAUCUCCAGGAUGCCCCGAAAGAAUUCCCCGCUUCUGAGGGCAGUACCGCUCCAACAUCCGGUCAAGUCGCGCCGAGUAGCCCAGAGACCCCCCCCUCGACUGGUGACAGUGUCAGUGCCAUUCCAUCUGAUACUGGGGACUCUAAAGCCCAAGGCGUCCCCAGUACAAGUACUCAAGCCUCCAUGAAUACUACCUCUACCGCUGUUUCAUCUGACGCAGCCCCUCAAAAUGCGACCUCUGACGCGGACACCCGCUCUACUGGUGUUUCCAAAGACGAACAGAGUGCCGAGUCGACGCGAGUGAGUACAACGCAGCCGCCGUCGGCCAACCCAACGACGCAGGAGUCUUUCUUCAAAUCGGUCAACAAGCGUCUGCAGAUGCUGGAGACUAAUUCAAGUCUGUCCUUACAAUAUAUUGAGGAGCAGUCUCGGAUCCUGCGCGAUGCAUUCAACAAAGUCGAAAAACGACAGCUAUCCAAGACAUCUACGUUCCUGGAGAACUUGAAUGUCACGGUAGUGAAUGAGCUGAAGCAGUUCCGUGAGCAAUACGACCAUGCAUGGAGAAGCGUGGCACUGGAGUUCGAGCACCAGCGAAUCCAGUACCACACCGAGAUUCACUCCCUGAGCACUCAGUUAGGGGUGCUCGCGGAUGAGCUGGUGUUCCAGAAGCGGGUAGCCGUGGUCCAGAGCAUCGUGGUGCUUCUCUGUUUCGGCCUUGUGCUCUUUACUCAUGGCGCAGCUGGCGGUUACAUUGACCUUCCACGCGUACAAAACAUGGUUUCCCGCUCAUACAGUCUACGAUCGUCCUCCCCUGUCUUUGGAUUGAGGUCGCUCCCGGGGAGCCCGGGUUCGACCCGUCCCACAUCAUCCUACCACACGACGGGUCACCGUCGGCAGAUCUCAGAUGAGUCACAGGGCGGGUCAUUCAGCCCGGCCGUUGCAUAUGCACCUCCCACUCCAACUUCGGACAACGACUCCGGAUUGAGUGAGGAUGUGCGCGGGCCUAGCCCGCCAGUGUCGGCAGAUCCUCGGUCUGUAUCGGAUGUUGUUCUCCCGUUGCUCAGAUCUAACAGUAGCCCGCCGGAUUUUAAUGGGGAGAAUGAAGGAGAUGACGAAGGAAACUCUACACCCCUCGCUGCCCGCUCGCCUAACACCCACCUUGCUUCCUCCAACAACGAGCAGGACCUGAAGGCUGCGUCAACCACCAUGAACUCAAUGGACCACCACCGUCAGGUUCUCCAGGGAAAGCUGGACAGCCAGGAAAAGCCACAAACAUACGUCUCUCCAUCCGACGACAUCAUGAGCCCCUGCUCAAAGAAACUCAGCGACCUCAAGGGAAAGCGUUUCAAGAAGUAUGUCCCUCUUCAUCCAAUCCCCCCUAUCGCCCAACCCUUCGUCAGCGACCGCGCGAAGAAGACCCUUGAUCUGGUCGAAGAAUUCGUCGAAAAGGAAUGCAUCCCCUCCGAAGCCCUCUUCUCCGCCCAGCUUGGCGUAGGCGAGCAACGAUGGAACACCAACCCCGCCGUCAUGGAGGAGCUUAAGGUCAAGGCCCGCAAGAUUGGUCUGUGGAACAUGUUCCUGCCCAAGAACCACUUCUCGCAGGGCGCCGGGUUCAGCAAUCUUGAGUAUGGAUUGAUGGCGGAGUACUUGGGGAAGAGCAAAGUUGCGAGCGAGGCUACGAAUAAUGCUGCGCCCGACACGGGUAACAUGGAGGUAUUCGCCAAGUAUGGCAAUGACCAACAGAAGGCACAGUGGCUGUCGCCCCUCCUGGAGGGGAAGAUCCGGUCUGCGUUCCUGAUGACGGAGCCGGAUAUCGCUUCUAGUGAUGCGACCAACAUCCAGCUUGACAUUCGCCGUGAGGGCAACGAAUAUGUCCUCAAUGGAUCUAAAUGGUGGUCCUCCGGCGCUGGUGACCCCCGUUGCCAAAUCUACCUCGUCAUGGGCAAGACCGACGCCCGCAACCCUGACCCCUACAAGCAACAAUCCGUCGUCCUAGUCCCCGCCUCCACCCCCGGCGUCACUAUCCACCGCAUGCUCAAUGUCUACGGCUACGACGACGCCCCCCACGGCCACGGCCACAUCACCUUCGAGAACGUCCGCGUCCCCCUGUCAGCCAUGGUCCUCGGCGAAGGCCGCGGGUUCGAAAUCAUCCAAGGCCGCCUAGGCCCUGGUCGUAUCCACCACGCCAUGCGCGCCAUUGGCGCUGCCGAGCGCGCCGUCGACUGGCUCAUUGCCCGCAUCAACGACGACCGCAAGAAGCCCUUCGGCCAGCCUCUCUCCUCGCACGGUGUCAUCCUCGAGUGGCUCGCCAAGUCACGUAUCGAAAUUGACUCCGCGCGCCUGGUCGUCCUCAACGCCGCCAUCAAGAUCGACCAGGGUAAUGCCAAGUUUGCGCUCAAGGAAAUCGCCCAGGCGAAGGUGCUUGUGCCACAGAUUGCGCUGGCGGUUAUUGAUCGGGCUGUGCAGGCUUAUGGUGCUGCGGGUGUGAGUCAGGAUACGCCGUUGGCGAACCUGUGGGCUAUGAUCCGGACGCUGAGGAUUGCGGAUGGGCCUGAUGAGGUGCAUUUGCAGCAGCUUGGGAAGAGGGAGAAUAAGUCGCGUCGCGAGGAGGUUGUUAAGCGGUUAGCGUGGCAGAGGGAGCUGAGCGAUAAGAAUUUGACUGCCAAUGGGUUCCCUAAGACGAAGAGUUCGCUUUAA